AAUAAAAUAAAAAUGCAUCUGUAACAUAAGAAUGUAUGUAUCAAUCAAAAUGAUACUUUAAUAAUAUCAAGAGGAAAAACAUCAGAUUCUCAAAGACAAAGUUUUCCAGCAUAUGAAAAUGGAUAGAAACGAUAACAACGUGAAUGUCGGAAAUUCGGGGAAUCCUCCGAAUCCAUCUUCGACGACACAUAAUAUUCUUCAUAAUACUUCCAGUGGAACUGAUGCACAGAACGGAGACAGAGGAUGGGAAAUUCAUCAUGUUACUGUUACUAGAGUUCCUGGUUAUGGGUUCGGUAUUGCUGUUUCUGGUGGCCGAGAUAAUCCUCAUUUCACUAAUGGCGAUCCUGCUAUUGCAAUUUCUGAUGUUCUAAAAGCUGGACCAGCUGAGGGAAAAUUACAAGUAAAUGAUCGCAUAAUAUCCGCUAAUGGAAUAUCAUUAGAAGGUGCCGAUUAUGGAGCAGCAAUUCGCGUUCUCAGGGAUUCCGGAUCAACAGUUUUAUUAGUUGUCAAACGUAGAGCUUCAUCAAAUUCUUCUGGAAAUAUAGGAAAUUUUACUCUUCAAAAUCAUCGAUUGACUUUAACAAGAAAUAAUAAAAAAGAUGAUUUUGGAAUUGUUCUCGGUUGUCGUCUUUAUGUCAAAGAAGUUACUCGAGAAAAUAUAGCAGUAAAACCAGGAGAUAUUUUGACAAGAAUUGGCAGUGUAGCUACGGAUAAUAUGAGUUUAAAAGAAGCUAAGAAAUUAAUGGAUCAAUGUAAAGAUAGAUUGUCCAUUGUAGUAACUCGAGACAAUUCUUGUUGCCAUAUACAACAGCAAACAAAAAAUGAAAGUGGAGAAUAUCUUUCUGGUAUGACAAGUUAUAGUAGCCAAAAUUUAUAUGUUCCACCACCAACAAGACAACCAAUAGAAGAUAAGAGCAACCUUGUUCCUAGAGGUCGUGCUAGAGGACCAUUGAUGGAUGUUUCUCUUAGUCAGUUAGAUCUUCCUGCAACUCCUACUGUAGAUCCUCCUAGACCACCACCUCCCAGACCAGAAGAUUAUUAUAGCACAAGAAGACAAUUAUAUGAUGAAGAUUUGACUAGGAAUAAACUUCCAAUGCCUGAUCCUCGAUUUAUUACUUUUCAAAAAGAAGGAUCAGUAGGUGUACGUCUGAGCGGUGGAAAUGAAACAGGUGUUUUUGUAACGGCCGUUCAGACAGCAAGUCCAGCUUCCCUUCAAGGUUUGCAACCUGGAGAUAAAAUUUUAAAGAUAAAUGAUAUGGAUUUGAAAGGAGUAACAAGAGAAGAAGCUGUUCUUUUUUUACUCAGUCUUCAAGAACAAAUCGAUUUGAUUGUCCAACAUCGACGACAGGAAUAUGAUCAAGUAAUAGCAUCUGGAAAGGGUGAUUCUUUUCAUAUAAAAACUCAUUUCCAUUACGAACAACCACAAAAAGGAGAAAUGAGCUUUCGUAGUGGAGAUGUAUUUCAUGUUAUAGAUACUCUACAUAAUGGUGUUGUGGGUUCGUGGCAAGUAUUCCGUAUUGGUAGAAAUAAUCAGGAAGUACAAAAAGGAAUUAUUCCAAAUAAAGCUCGUGCUGAAGAAUUAGCAACUGCACAAUUUAAUGCAACAAAGAAGGAAAUGAGUGCCAAUGAAAGUAGAGGUAGUUUCUUUAGGAGAAGAAGAAGCAGUCAUAGACGUUCUAAAUCUCUUGGUAGAGAUCAUUGGGAUGAUGUAGUAUUUUCAGAUAGCAUUAGCAAAUUUCCAGCUUACGAAAGAGUAAUUUUAAGACAUCCAGGAUUUGUGAGACCUGUAGUAUUGUUUGGACCAGUUGCAGAUCUAGCUAGAGAAAAGUUGUUAAAGGAUUUUCCUGAUAAAUUUACAUCUCCACAAAUGGAAAAUCAAUUAGAUGAUAAUGUUGGGAAAAAUAUGAAAUCAUCAGGUAUCAUUCGACUUAGUGCUAUUAGAGAAGUUAUGGAUCGAGGAAAACAUGCUUUAUUGGAUAUCACUCCAAACGCCGUAGAUCGAUUGAAUUAUGCGCAGUUCUACCCCAUAGUUAUUUUUUUAAAAGCUGAAACGAAACAGAUUAUCAAAGAAAUGCGUGCUGGAGUUCCUAAAUCGGCACAUAAAAGUAGUAAAAAACUUUUGGAACAAUGUCAAAAAUUAGAUAAAAUUUGGAGUCAUAUCUUCAGCGCAAUGAUUACAUUAACCACACCGGAAGCUUGGUAUCGAAAAUUAAGAGAAUUAAUUGAUCGACAACAACAAGGAUUACUUUGGAUGAGUCAAACUAAGCCGGAAGAAGCACUCUCGGAUGACUUCCUAUUCCCGAUGACUUCUCGCCUCUCCUAUGCUUCCUCUCCGGAGAGUGAUUUGGAACUUAGCCCGGCACCGGCAUUACCGGGAGCUCUAGGUGCACCAUCUAGAUUGAAAAGCAAUUCUGAUCCAAGCAUUGCAACACAAGAUGAUAUUGCUGCACCACCACCAUAUUCGACCAAUUAUCAACAAUCUUUCGAACAAUCAAAAAGAAGGUCACAAGGAGGAGUAGGAGAAGGAAAGUACGGAUUUUCAUUAUCUGGACAAGUAAGCAAUCAAUCGGGAUCACCAGAAUAUUUGGCUGGUUCAUUUGAACCACGAUCUUCUCAUCAUAGUCCUCCUGAUUUACCUCCACGAGUAGAUCGUAAUGCAAAACCAAAUAAUCAACAGCAAAGAAACACUAUUGGAAGAUCAGCUCAAGAACGAUUGCUGAAUAAAACAGAUUCAAUAUUGGAUGUUGCAAAUUAUAUCAAUGCGACACCUCUUAAAGCUAAUGCCACAUCUUCUCUUGAAAGAACUCAACCAAAAGCGGGAAGUUAUGAUAGUAUGUCUUCUUAUGAUUCCUAUAAUAAUACAAAUGGGAAUAAUAGUUAUGGGACACCAGGAUUGAAUACAUCUACUGGUCGAUUAGGUCCUAAUGUUCCAGAUGAUUUAAAGAGUAGUGCACCAACAAGACCACAUGAUCCUUACAGAUUCACUAGAUCAACAGCACAACCAAUUCCAAAUCAUGAUUCACAGCCAAGAACUGAUUAUGCCAAAUAUAGCCGCACAACUGAUUACAAAUCGAUAAUGUUAUCACAAAAUAAUAAAUCAGGAGGAUCAUAUAAACCUAUACCACCUCCAAAACCAAAAAACUAUAGACCACCACAAGCAAAUUUAAUUCAACCAGAAAAUAAUGGAAAUGAAGGAAAUAAUACACAUCAACAUUCAAAAAGCUACUCUAUUGCAACUUCUCAUGUAGAAAAUAUCAAUAAUAUUCAAAGAAACAGUGGACAAUAUUAUUAUAAUAUUUCAUCUUCAAAUCGUCAUGAUUCAAAUCUUGGGAAUUCUCACCAUAAUUUAAAUCUUUCUAUGCCUGCACACAAUCAUAAUUUGAGUCAUACACAUACGCAUUGUACCCCGUCAAUAUCGACUCAUAAUCAUAGUAAUAGUACCAGUCAGUUAAAUUUAGGUCUUUCGCAUAAUAGAAAUAAUAUUAAUCACAAUGGAUAUGUUGUAAACAACAGCCAUAAUGCAUCUGGACAAAAUUUUCCGACGAAUUCAAGUCAUAAUAGAGAACCAAGUGGAUUAGAUCUUGCUGGAAGUAGGGAACAAAGAGGAAGUGCUUUUGAACUUUAUCGCAAACCUGUACAUCAUUAUAAUGCAAGUUAACAUCUAUGAAGAUUUAUAAUUUUUGUUAAA